AUGAACACAGAAGAUAACACUAUCGAAGAAAGUAACCAGCUGACAGAGGCAAACCUGGCGUUGAUCCAAGCGGAACGGAAGCAGGAAACCAAAAAACAACAGCAUAAACAUCAUAAUCACGAAGAAGACGACAAGUCUAGUGUAUUAAGCAAGAUCGACUCAAAUAAUCCAGAAGACUUGAACCUUUCUGAGUACUGUCUUUCAUCUGACGCAGAAACAGAGAAAAUGGACGAAGACGUAAUCAAGCAGCAAGAUUCAGAGCAUGUACAUCUUUCAGAGCUUUCAAGAGAUCCUGGCCUCUCACCUAAGUCUGAGGUAGCCGGGGCCCCUGUAUCGCACAGGUCUGAGGCGCCAACAAUGGAGAAAGCGGCUGAAAAGAAUGAUGACGAAGCUGUUGAAAACGAAGCUGAAAGGCAACAGUCUCCAAGCAAGCAGGAGUCUCUCAGCAAGCAAGAACCAUAUAAAGUUGAUGAUAAGGUACCAAUUGAACAUAAUAACCGUGGCCUCGUCUCUGAUGAAACGAGAACUCCCGAAAGUAACAACGAGCAGGGAGAACAAACAGAAACGAAGGUACCUGAUCGGGUACAGAGCGAAGAAACUCACAAUGAAGAUAGCAAACCUAUGAAAAAUGAAGAAGAUUUGCCAAUCGAGGAUGAGUUGCAAAGUACUAAGCGUAGUUUGGAUGAUAGAGAGGUAAUCAGCGAUUCUCAUUUCAAGAAACCUAAGCUACCUGGAAAUGGUUCCCAGGAUAAUGAUGAGGAUAACGAUGCCGAUGAAGAUGAGGACGAUGCGGAUGAAGACGACCACGAGAAACAAGAUUUAUCUGGGGUCAACGAUAAGAAUAGAAAGCAUGCAAGCUCCAAAAGUGGGGCGGAACAGUCACCAAUGGAACAAGAACAAUUGCGUUUGGCGGCUCUCAAAGAGAUCACCGACAUCGAAUGUAAAUUUGCAGAAUUGCGACAAAAAUUAUACGAAAAUAAAUUGGCUAAACUACAAGCAGAAGCACAAAUGUGUUUAGAGGGGUCCCAUCCUGCAUUACAGAGUUAUUACCAAAAAAUAGAUUCGGUAAGAGACUACAAACUUCGCCGUGCCUAUCAAAGACAAAAAUACGAGCUUGAAUGUAUUGAUAAGGAAACACGAGCAACGAGAUGUUUCAUCCACCAAGAUUUUUUCCGCAAAGUUACAGACCUCAAACAUGAGCUGCUAUCAAAUACCACACAAAAAUGGUAUGAUAUAAAUAAGGAAAGACGGGACAUGGAUGUUAUUGUUCCAGAAGUGAAUUACCACGUCCCAGUAAAACUAAGCGGGAAAACGCUGAGCUGUAUAACGGGUUAUGCGGCCCCUGCACAACAAAGACGUGAGGGCGAAUACCUGCCGGAAGACUUGGUGUGCGAAAACAUAAAUUUCCAAUUUAGGAAUAACCCUGUGGAUAAAUUGGAAGUGAUCGUGGAUAGAAUGCGGUUUAAUAACCAAUUGAGCGAUCUGGAAGGUUUGAAGCGGUAUUUCGGCGGGUUCCCAGGAGCCCCUAGUCUGAGCGGAUUGAAAGACUCAGAAAUAUUCGAAGACUUACAAAAGCUCCAGCAUCAACUAUAG